UCGAGCAGAUGUGGCCCAUCAUCUUCCAGUCCGCGUGGAGGGACGGGCGCCGAACGACCUCGGGAUGUCUGCGGAGCGACUCGAGAAGAGCAAGACGAUUGACCUGAGGAAGAAGCACAUCGGGCCGUCUUGUAAGAUCUUCUUCACCCAUGACCCUAUCAAGAUCGUGCAGGCCCGGGGCCAGUACAUGUAUGAUGAAAAAGGACAGCGCUACUUGGAUUGCAUCAACAACGUGGCUCAUGUGGGCCACUGUCACCCAGAUGUGGUGAAGGCGGGGGCGCAGCAGAUGGAACUGCUCAACACCAACUCUCGUUUCUUACAUGACAACCUAGUGCUCUAUGCCCAGAGGCUGCAGGCCACGCUGCCUGACAAGCUGUCCGUGUGCUACUUCGUCAACUCGGGCUCUGAAGCCAAUGACCUGGCCCUUCGACUAGCAAGGCAGUACAGAGGCCACAAAGACAUCAUCACGUUGGAAAGUGCUUACCACGGCCACGUCUCAUCGCUCAUUGACAUCAGUCCGUAUAAGUUCCACCAGCUGUCAGACGCUGAGCAGAAUCAAUUUGUCCAUGUGGCGCCAAGCCCAGACGUGUACAGAGGCAAAUACAGAGCAGACCAUCCUGAUCCUGCGACGGCAUAUGCAUGUGAAGUCAAAGAUAUAAUAGACAACGUCCAUGAGAAAGGAGGCAAGAUUGCUGCUUUUAUUGCCGAGUCAUUGCAGAGUUGUGGCGGGCAGGUCAUUCCCCCCGUGGGCUACUUCCAGCAAGUGGCAGAACAUGUCCAUAAGGCAGGGGGCGUUUUCAUCGCUGAUGAGGUCCAAGUGGGCUUCGGGCGUGUUGGCACUCACUUCUGGGCCUUCCAGCUUCAGGGAGAGGACUUUGUGCCUGACAUCGUCACCAUGGGAAAGCCCAUUGGCAACGGUCACCCCAUGUCGUGCGUGGUGACGACCAAAGAGGUGGCAGAGGCCUUCAUGUCAUCUGGAAUGGAGUAUUUCAAUACAUUGACCGGAAAUGGCACUGACCUGGCCUCAUCUUUGACAUUAAGUUCCAGUCCAUUGAAACAUUGUGAACGAUUCUGUCACAUAUUUACGUUGUACUCACAGCCGCCACUAAAUUUUAACAAACUUAAAACCUGCUACUUUUGUAAAGAUAAAUAUUGCAAUGAUAAAGUGGUCAAUUUUAACAUAACAGGGUUAAUUUUUGGUACAUAUUAUCACAAUCCAGAAAAAUGUUUUGGAAAGAAAAAACACAAAUUCCAAAUGACUUCCUGUGCAAUUAUAUCAUUUCUGAGAAGUAGGCAGAUGUGCAUAGGAUUUUCUUGGUGUUUGACAGAGAUCACUAAACCAAACGGUGUCUCACCAUGCAGGGGUCGUGGCCUCUUUGUUGGGGUGGAGCUCGUGAGGGACAGGUUGAAGCUCACUCCUGCUACAGCAGAGGCUCAAGAAGUCAUAUAUAAGCUAAAGGAAGAGCAAAUCCUUCUUAGUGCUGACGGACCUCAUCGCAAUGUGCUCAAGUUUAAACCCCCCAUGUGCUUCACUACGGAGGAUGCCGACCUGGUGGUGGAGAAAAUCGACCACAUUCUCACGGAACUCGAGGAAGCAUUAGGCUUGAAGUUGCCCAACGGGAUGAACACGGAGAGCGAAUGCAGUAAGAUAAAGCUGCCUGCUGAUGAAAAUGGACACCAGUAUCACAGCGGUUUGGUACACGGCAGAGGAAGCAGUGAAGGAGUUCCUCAGCAAACCAAACGCCUCAAGACAUAAAGCUUCUUUUGAAUACUUUCUUUUCCAUAGUUAAAGAACCGAUGACUGACGUACAUUUUGGCAGUGACAGAAUUCUGGGGCAAAAGUGCUUUGACAUUUAACCUAAUGAAAUGUUUUUGUUAAUAAUGUACUGUAUGUGUCUUCUCAGGUAUAUUUCUUAAUUACACAAAGGAAUCAAGCCACUUGUUCAGCAUAGCAUGUCUAUAGCUUUACUUUUUAGCAAAAAAUUCCCUUAAAUGUGCAAGUUAGCAUGCUACAUGAACUGUGUAUUUUUAUUCUGAUUAUCAGGGAAUAAUGGUUUUAAUCAAUCAAAAUGUGUAUAAAACAUGCAAUAGUGACUCAAUAUGGCUUUUGCAUUAAAAUACAGCUUUACUCAUUCUGAACUUUGCCCACUGUUGUUGAAAGUCUGGAGUACCUGUAUAAACCAUUGCACAUUUUGUGGUAAAUCGAUCACACUAUUAAAUAAAAUACUG